AUGAAACAGCGUACUGACUCUCCCCCCGCCAGGCCUCAUCGUCGCUCACUUAUCCUAUCGGCAAUAGCAGCCGCGUUACUAACGAUGCCCUGUCUGAGUGUCCUCCUAGUCGUAGCCCUGUUACAUCCCGCCGUCAAAGCCACCGACCUAACAUCCUACGUGAACCUCUUCACCGGCACCCAAAAUGGCGGGAACAACUUCCCCGGCGUCGCCCGCCCCUUCGGCAUGGUCAAACUCGGCCCGGACUUGCUCAACCCGGGCACAGACGCCUACUCAGGCUACCUGCCCACCGGCGCUUUCUCGGGCUUCAGCAUGAUGCACGAGCAAGGCACCGGCGGCGCCCCCAAGUACGGGACUGUCGCGCAGUUACCGCUCGUCGGCGACGUCCCCGACCCGCUGUCGAAUAGGACGGUGGCGCGGGCCGGCGCCGACGAGGCUGAGGUCGGAUACUACCGCGCGCGCACGACGGACGGCGUGGCUGUUGAAUUGGCUGCUACCGCGCGCGCGGGCAUGUAUCGGUAUACGUUCCCGGCCGGGAAGACAGGGAAUGUGCUGGUGGAUGUGUCGCAUGUUCUGCCGUCGUUUCGGGGGCAGGGGCUGGGUCAGAGGUAUAAGGGGGGGAAUUUGAGGAUUUUUGCCGAUGGCCAUUAUGAGGGGCAUGGAGUGUAUGAUAAUGGGUGGAAUCGGGCCCCGGAUUGGGCUAUUUACUUUUGUUGGUUGCGAAUUUUUUUUGUGUCAGUGUUGUGCUUGGGGGAAAUUUUGCUGACGGUGGUGAAUUCCAGCAACGCGACGUAUAUUGGGACGGAUGCGCAGGGUAGUGUCAGGCAGGAGAGCGGCUCCGCGUCUUCGACUUCGGCGUCGACGCGGGUUGGAGGACUCUUCGCCUUCCAGGACGAGGUGGUGACGUCUCGGGUUGGAAUCUCGUGGAUCUCCACGCAGAAAGCCUGCAAGCACGUCCAGGAUGAAAUCCCCCCGGGGACAGCGUUCACCGCUGUAGUUGACGCCACCAAGGCUGAAUGGAACACCACCGUCUUGUCCAAGGUGACCACUACCAACACCAACAACACCAGCCUCGAGCUGCUGUACACCUCGCUGUACUUUAUGCACUUGAUUCCGACAAACCAGACAGGCGAGAAUCCCAGCUGGACAUCCUCAGAGCCCUACUACCAGGAUAUCUUCACGUACUGGGACCUCUUCCGCUGCUCCGAAGCUCUCAUGCAAGUCCUGCAGCCCACCGCCUACGAAGAGCAGAUCCGCUCCCUGAUCGACAUCUGGCGGUUCGAAGGCUACCUGCCGGACGCCCGCUCCUCCAACUACAACGGCCGCACCCAGGGCGGCUCCAACGCAGACAACAUCCUGGCCGACGCCUACGUCAAGGGCGUCCGCGGCGCCGUCAACUGGGAAGACGGGUACAAAGCCCUGGUGCAAGACGCCGAGGUCGCGCCCCCCAACGACCCCAUCGACCCGAUGGCGCCGGAUUCAUCCACAAAAGAAGGCCGCGGCGCGCUCCCCGACUGGUUAGCUCUGGGGUUCAUCACGCCAAAGUACACCCGGGCCGUGACGCGCGCGGUGGAAUACGCCUGCAAUGACUUCGCGGUGUACCAGGUGGCGUCAGGACUACAGAAGCAGGCCGACGCGGAGAAAUACCUCAACCGCUCGCGCAACUGGCGCAACCACUGGAAUCCGGAGCAGACGUCGCUGGGGUUCUCGGGGUUUGUGGUCCCGCGAAGUACCUCCGGAUUUCUGGAGACGGAUCCUCUAGCGGACAGCGGGUACUGGGGGGAUCCGUACUACGAGGCGAGCUCGUGGGCGUACUCGUGGGCGAGUGUGCAUGAUAUGAAGGAGAUGGUUGAGCGCAUGGGAGGCGAGCAAACGGUUGUCGAUCGGCUAAAUACCAUGUUUACGGAGGGGGCGAGCGGGUCCAAUGGGAUGAUUUUCGAUCCUACGAAUGAGCCAAGCUUCUUGAUCCAGGCAGGAAAAAAAAAAAAAAAAAAGGGCAUGUUCAACAUCCCAUACCUAUACAAUUACGUCAACCGACAGGAUCUCUCCGUCGCGCAAUCUCGCAAAGUCGCCAAGAAGUACUUCAAUACCGGCGUCGCAGGUCUACCGGGGAACAGCGACGCUGGAGCGAUGCAGACAUGGCUGCUCUGGAAUAUGAUCGGGCUGUAUCCGAUUACAGGGCAGACGACGUUCCUCAUCCACUCACCGUGGUUUGAGUCUCUGACGAUCGAUCUAGGGGGGGGGAAGCAGCUGCGUGUCACGGCAACCGGGGGUGACGGCAACGGGGACAGCAAGAUUUAUGUGCAAAGUCUCAAGGUUAAUGGGAACCCGUGGCGGAAGAACUGGCUGACAUGGCAUGAUGUCUUUGAGAAUGGAGGGACGCUGGAGUUUGAGCUGGGGGAGAGCCCGAGUGGCUGGUUCACGGGUGAGCUGCCUCCCAGCCCUGCGUCGUAA